CAGCAGGGGGCGCUAGACAGACUACACGGAGGAGCAGCGAGCACAGGAGGAGACAAAAACAGACAAUCUCCAUCAUUAGGUGUGCCCAGCAUGCAAACAAGACAAGCGUGAUGGGGAGCCCUCAUCCUGAAGGCUAGCGGAGUCUUAUGAAGACACCUCGUGAAUUAGACGGAGAGGAAAAGGUCGGUAAAGCUCCUUAAGACAUGGGCUGCGGCGGGAGCCGGACCGACGCUCUGGAGCCUCGCUACCUGGAGAGCUGGACCAAAGAGACGGAGUCCACGUGGCUGACCAGCACUGACACCGACAUCCCGCUGUCGUCCAUCCAGAGCAUCCCGUCGGAGAACUCGGAGGCCUGCUUCGCCUCUGAGAAGACUAUCAGCCCAGUUCCAGAGUUUUUUGAAGAUGGCCUGCCGCCUCCCGCUCAGGCGUACCUUAAAGUCUGCUCGGCCGUGUCGGAGGCCAGCCUCAGCGACGUGAAGCCCGGAAGCCCUACCAAGAUGCUGGCCUCUCCGGCCCAGGAGGUGGCGCUGGCAUCCCCCGGGACCACGGUGCAACGCAGAAGUGUCCUGCACACUGAAGAGAUUACCAAAUGGCAGGACAACCGCAUGUCCACCAAGCAGGUGACCAUCAUGGUGACGCAGAGCAUCCACCAGGUGGACAAAAACGGCAAAGUCAAGAAGUCGCUCACCACCUACGAGGUCAUGAAACCCGCCGGUGAAACGGUCAAACAGGUGGCCACACUCAACACUUGAGGGAGCUGGGGCGAAGCCAAAGAAGAAGAUAAAAACUAGCAGGUCUUGGGAACUUAACACACAAAAACUACUUUGUGACCUCGCGGCAGAUUUAUGAACAAAUUCAUUGAUGUAUAUUUUCAUAGUGGACUGUUGCUGUGUUAUACUGUAUUUUGCUCAUAGAAAAAGGGUGUUUAUAUUGUAUAAACGACCAAUGUAUACGGCAAUGGACACUUUAAGAGCUGAACGAAUGGGAAGUCGAACGCUCCUCCACGCCUCCUAGUGGACAACUUCUGCAUUGUUCAUUAAGUUAAUCACAUUGAUGCUAACAAAUGGCCCGAAGGGAUUGUUGCAUUAUUGCUUUUUCUGGGAUUAUUGAACUCUUGCCUUAGCAUUCGCUAACUGAUGCAGUCUGUUGAUUAGCAUGCACAUCCUAAUUCGGGGAGAGGUGAUGACAAUAUUUGAAGACAAAUACUGUUUUUGCCCUACAACAUUUUAUUGUUAUUAUUAAAUUUAAUCACUGAAAUAUGUAGCCCCCAAAACCCUUUUAUUACCUAAUAUUUUUGUUUACAUUUCGAAUCAUCAUUAUAUUAUUAAACAUAUAUUUUUGUUCAAAUGGAAUGUUUUUAAAUUGUAUUAAUAUAAUAGAAGUAUAAUAUACUGUAUAUAUAUAAUUUUCUAUCAAAAUAAUUUCCAAUAUUUAGUAUUUAUUUUAACUUAAAUUAUGGCUACUAUAAUAGGGCUACCAAAGCUAAACCAUAAUGACUGUACAGCUCAGGGGUCUUAAACUUGGCCAUUUGCAAACUACAUGGCCAUAUUUUGUGGCCCUCUGCUUAAUUCAUAGUUUAGUGCAAGGAUAUUCAAUAACAUUUACAGAAAGGUAAGCACCGGGGGGUCCAGACUUUUCAAUUCACUAUUGGUCUAAUUUUGUAUAUUCCGGAAAUGCAGCAUUCUUUACAGUAGACAAUUUUGUUCUAUUUAUUUUGUCAGUUACAGGAGCGCUCUGCUGUUUUUAACAACGUUCUACAAAAAUCUAGUCAAAGGUCAUCUCUAUGAUAGCACUCGAGUGUUUUUAACAAUCUGCUGUAAAAAAAAAAAAGUAAGUCUCUCACAAGUUUUUGAACUGAACUCACAGGCCACCCAUUGAAUAGAUGAAAAAGAGAGGACCUAAGAUGGAACCUUGAGGAACACCACUAGUAUAACUAAAUAAGUUGAACAAAUGACUACUGACUGCAUCUGAAAUCGUAAAUAAAAACAGAAAACAAUUAUUUGCAAAUCCUUUUCAACUUAUAUUCAAUUGAAUACACUGCAAAGACAAGAUACUUAACGUUCGAACUGGAAAACGUUGCUAUUUUUUGCAAAUAUUAGCUCAUAUGGAAUUUGAUGCUUGCAACAUGUUUCAAAAAAGCUGGCACAAGUGGAAAAAAAGACUGAGAAAGUUGAGGAAUGCUCAUCAAACUUAUUUGGAACAUCCCACAGGUGAACAGGCUAAUUGGGAACAGGUGGGAAGCCAUUUACCAACAACACCCAGAAACGCCGCCGGCUUCGCUGGGCCCGAGCUCAUCUAAGAUGGACUGAUGCAAAGUGGAAAAGUGUUCUGUGGUCUGACGAGUCCACAUUUCAAAUUGUUUUUGGGGGAUGUAUGGUGUCAUUCCCAGGCCUGGUUUGGCCCCCAGGCCACCAGUUGAAUAGCUCUGUUUUAGUGUAACUGCACACCCUGGGAAGCUGAUAAUUAAACAUAUUAUGGUAAUCUUGAAUCCCACUAUAAACACUAACUACAAAAACGGUGCAAACACAAAAAGGACUGCACAACAAACACACAAAGAGCAACUUCCUGUCAGCAGGCAGAAGUGUCUCUGCCCAUCUCCUGGGAAACUCAACAGAGUCAAAAUAUAUCAUUUAUGCAUUCAAAUAAUGACUUAAGGCCUAACAUGAGUCUACCACGAAACAUGUUUCUUAACCGUAUACAUUGUUCGGCCCAGCCUCACCCAGGCUCUACCUCCAGUGUCCCCUCGGUAAACUAAGUUUGAGACCCCUGGUACACGUUGUGUGUUUUGAGAAACACGGUGCAUUUGGAAAGUAUUCCCAGCCCUUCACUUUUUUCACAUUUUGUUAGGUUACAGCCUUAUUCCAAAAUGGAAAAAAAUUAUAUUUUUCAUAAACAUUUUACAGACAAAACCCCAUUAUGACAAUGUGAAACGUUUUUUUUUGCGAUUUUUUUGCGGGGUUUAAAAAAAAACAAAAAAACAAAAACAAAUCACAGACAGGAGUAUUCACAUUUGUUCAAUACUUUGUUGAUGCACUUUUGGCAGCAAUUUCACACUCAAGUAUUUUUUAAUACAAUACCACAAGCUUGGCACACCUUUCUUUGGCCAGUUUCGCCCAUUCCUCUUUGCAGCACCUCUCAAGCUCCAUCAGGUUGGAUGAUAAGCGCUGGUUUUCAUCCAGAAUGUCUCUGUACAAUGCUGAAUUCAUCUCUGAGUUUCUAUCGCUGAAUAACAACCCCACAGCAUGAUGCUGCCACCACUAUGCUUCACUGUAGGGAGGGUAUUGGCCUGGUGAUGAGUGGUGACUGGUUUCCUACAAACAUAACACUUGGCGUUCACGCCAAAGAGUUCAAUCUGUCUCAUCAGACCCAAGAAUUUGGUUUCUGAUGGUCUGAGAGUUGUUAAGGUGAAUUAUGGCAAACUCAUUACUAAGAAAUAGCUUCCGUCUGGUCAAUAUACCAUGCAGGUCUGAUUGGUGGAUUGCUGCAAAGAUGGUUGUCCUUCUGGAAGGUUCUCCUCUCCACAGAGAAAUGCUAUAGCUCUGACAGAGUAACCAUCGGGUUCUUGGUCACCUCCCUGACUAGACUAGAUGAAUGCAGAAAUGUACAGAGACAUUCUGGAUGAAAACCAACACUUCCCAUCCAACCUGACAGAGCUUGAGAGGUGCUGCAAAGAGGAAUGGGCAAUAAGGAAUGGGCAAAACUGCUCAAAAGAUACAGUAGGUGUGCCAAGCUUGUGGCAUCGAAUUAAAAAAAAGACUUGAGUGUUAUGUACGCGAGGGGUGGAAGGAAGCGACACCACGAAGAAACUCAGGUUACCGGAUUUAAUGUAACCUUUGAUGAGUGUGUGGGAGGUGUAUGCUACUCUAUGUGUUUGUUGCAAGACUAUGUGUGAUCUUAACCAUGUAAAUAAUACCAGACGAUGUUGUAAGUGUGUGAUGGAUGAAUCCUUCGACAGUCCAAGAGGGCGAGGCAAAAAGGAAGUCCGUAAAUAGGCAGAAGGUCGAGGGCAGGAGAGAAGCGACAAGGUCCGUGUCCAGGCGAGGGUCGAGGAUCGAGGGAGGCAGUCCAAAGUCCGGAGGGAGGUCGAGGCACAGAGCUCGAGCUCACGGGGCAAGGCGGGUACUGAGAUGAGGAGGACAACGAGGACAAGAAGAACGAGUGCGAGGACAACAGGAGGGAAGCUGGAAGUGAAUGCUUACUACGAGGAGUUAACGACGUUCCGGCGUAGGUUCCAAGGGCCGACUGGUCUUUAUGCUGUCCUCCUGAUUAAUGCCACGUGCGCUGAUCGCAGACAAUCUGCAGCUGCGGCAUUGCGUGGGCGUGAAGCGUUCGGCGCUUGCGGGGGCGUGUCCUGGCAUACUGCCAGUCAGAGUGUUGGUGGAUCUAGCUGCAGGAGAAUUGUGGGUUCGAGACCACGCCGUGACAUUGAGGCUGUAAUUGCUGCCAAAAAAUCAACAAAAUAUUGAACACAGGCUGUGAAUACUUAUGUACAUGUGUUUGUUUGUUUUUUAGUUUUAAUACAUUUGAAAAAUUUAAAAAAAACUAAAUCUUUUCACAUUUUUAUGCGGCAUUGUGUGUAGAAUUUUGAGGACAAAAAUGAAUUUAAUCCAUUUUGGAAUAAGGCUGUAACAACACAAAAUAUGGAAAAAGUGAAGCACUGUUAAUACUUUCCGGACGCACUGUAAUUUGCUUCCUUUUUUAACGUAUUCAAAAAACAAUUAAGUUGAAAAAUGGCCAUUGUUGUCCACUGUGAGGAAAGCUAGAUACAACACAAAAACUGUAUGAAAAACAAAUACUGUAGCUAGUGUCAAAUCUAUAACAACACAAAGUGAAUGGAUGGAUUUUAAUGACUUGGCACAAUUAAAACACUUUUUUUUAAAGGGUGAAAGGGUAUAACUGUGUAUUCAAUUCACAAAUAAAUACUUUUAAGUAUUGAUAAAAGGGCCAAUAGGUAAUUUCUGCUGUGUCUCAGGAUGCUUGAUGGAAGAUUGCACUACUUACAGUGAAGUCUGGCCAAUUUGUUUGCUAUCUUAUGUGUUGUUUGUACUUCUGUGUCUUACGGUCUGUCAGGAUUUGUGUUUUCUAAUUUAAAUAAAACUGGUCUAUGUCUCAGUAACUAGCAGAGGUGGGACCAAGUCAUUGUUUUGCAAGUCAUAAGUAAGUCUCAAGUCUUUGCCCUCAAGUAUCGAGUCAAGUCCCGAGUCAAGACAGGCAAGUCCCGAGUCAAGUCCAAAGUCAAGACUGGAAAGUCUCAAGUCAAGUCCCAAGUCCUGCAUUUUGAGCUUCGAGUCCUUUCAAGUCAUUUUAACCAGGGGUCCCCAGCCUUUUUUGCACCAGGGACCGGUUUAAUGUCGGCAUUAUUUUCAGGGACCGGCCUUCCACGUGUAGCGGAUAAAUACAUGUACAGCAAAUAGGUGCAUGAAAAAUGAAUACAUGAAAAAACUGACCAUAACGUUGAAUUUGCAAAAAAUCUCUUCAUAGACUUUUGUUUUUUUUUACUAAUUUUUGCUAGUAGUAGGCUGUUUUUUGGCUUUCGUAUCUGAUGGGUUAUUGGUGAUACAUCACAUUCAAGGACAAGAGCAUGGAUAUAUAAUAAAGAUACAAAUACUUGCCAUUAGUUCUAAUAGAUUCCUGUCUAUUUCCAUUCUAAA